CUCAAAUGCAUUCAAUGUGUAAAGAAAUAAAAAUAUUUUUGUCUAUAAUUUUAAAUUAAUUUAAAUAUUAAAAUUUUCUAAAUAAAAAUUCAUAAAUGUAUAAAUAUUAAUUAAUUUUAAAAGUUUUUUAAGACAUUUCAUUAAUUCAUCAAGAACAAAGAUUUUAAGUUAUGAUUGGACCAUCAUCAGGUGUUAAUGAUGUUAAAAAUCAUGAUGAAAAUCCAGUGCGUAUUAAAAGAAAAAUAUUUGAAGAAUUGGAUAUUGAUAGUUUUUGUGACGAAGUGUGUCAAAGUGCUAAAAAGUGUAAUUCAAUGGAAUCUCAAAUAUUAAAUAUUGACACAGAUGAUAUUGAGUUAUCAUUGUCAUCAGUAUCACCAUCACAAUCACCAUUAAUACAAGAUACAAUAAAUAAUGAUUCAGUAACGAGACUAGAAGUUCUUGUUGUUGAUGGUACUUGGGAUGUAUCAAAUCUUGCUGGAGCAGAUUUUAUUGAUUUUUUACCAGGCCUUAAUCAUGAAACAGGAAUAACAAUUGGUCAUAAUAAUAUUGAUAAUAUUGAUAAUAAUUAUGGUACAAUAUUAUCAUAUUGGGAACCAGAAACAACAGAGACAAGUGAUUGUACAAAUAUACUUGAUAAUCAUGAAUUAUCAUCAUCAGAAUUAACACAACCACAACAACAACAACAACAACAUCAACGUUCAUCAUCAGUUGUUAAUUAUGAAACACAAAUAUCAACUGGUAAUCAACAAGAUGAUCAAGAAAAUGCUAAUCUUUCAUGGCUUAUUGAUUUUAAAUUAGAUAAUUUUAUUGAAGCACCAGAAGAAAAAACAAUUUUACCAUGUACAAGAACAAAUAAUAAUGUUAAUAAAAAUCGUAAUCAAGCAACAACAACAACAACAACAUCAACAACAACAUAUCAUAGUGAUAAUAGAAAAUCAUACAACAGUGAAAAUAAUGAACAAGUUAUUAAAACACAAUCACAAAUAACAACUAGUUAUAUUCCACCAAUUGAUAAUCGUAAUUAUUCAUCAUCAGUACGUUCAGAUGGACCAAAAAAACCACCAUUUACAUAUACAGAACUUAUUGAACAUGCUCUACAUGAAAAAGGAGAAUUAACAGUGUCUGCAAUUUAUCAAUGGAUAUCUGAACACUUUCCAUAUUACAAGAGUAAUGAUGAUCGUUGGAAAAAUUCAGUUCGACAUAAUUUAUCGAUAAAUCCACAUUUUCGAAAAGGAUCAAAAGCACCACAUGGAGCUGGACACUUGUGGGCAAUUGCUAAUCGUGAAGACAUGAGACCACGUCAAUUAACAGCAAUGCAAAAUUUCAUUUCCAACUCAACGUUAAAACAGGGAGUUAAAAAUUCUAGUGAAUUAAAUUAUACACGAAAAAAUAGUACAGAAAAUACAACAAGACAAUGUGUAGCUAUUGAUGAAGUUGCAGCAGCAACUGCAAGUAUUAGUCAAUCAACUGAUGAAGAUAUUUUAUCAUCAUCAUCAUCAUCAACACUUGAACACUGUGCUGAACAAAUAUUAAAUGGUAUAAAAAGAGAAGUUGAAGUACAGUAUCUUGUACCAAUGACACAACAAAAUAAUUCAAAUAAUGAUCAUCAAUCUCAAUCAACUGAUCAAACUUCAAUUGACAAAGCAACAGAACGUGACUGUUGGAACGUUCUUGCAGAUUUUUUAAAUCCAGUAUCAAAAGAAGUUGUUGCUGAAGAAUGUGGUCUUAUUGGUGAGGGUUAUCUUGUAACUGAUUUAAAUCCAUCAACUUUUGGACUUAGUAUGGCUGAAUCAGAAAUAAUAACAUCAGAAAAUUUAUUUGGUGAAGAAUUGAGUUUUCAAUUUUAUGAAUUAUCAUCAUCAUCACAAAUACAAUCAGCCUGACAUUGUGAAAUGAAAAAUAAUUGUAUUCGUAUGAUAUUUUUAGAUGAUAAAAAUAUACAAAAUUUUCAUACAAUUGAUGAUAAUAAUUCAAGUCCAGAUUUUAUACUUCCGGAUGAUAUUCCGUUAUAAAUAAUCAUGAUGAUACUGUUUAUAAUAUUGAUAGUUGAUUCAAUUGGCUAUAAGUGUGCCUUAACAAAAAAAAUUCAUUAUUUAUAUAUAUAAUAAAUAUUAAUGAAAAUGUUUUAUCAAAAAAAAAAAAAAAACUUGUGAGUGUUUGUCGAUAGACAUGAUUUAUUACUUGUACUAUUCACGAUUUGUCUUCUAGUCUUUAAUUAAUUAAUCAUGAUGAUUUUUGUAUUAGCAAAGAAAAUAAAAUAUUUACAAUUUAAAAAAAAAUCAAAAC